AUGCUUCCAUGCUCGCUCAAAACUCUCCUCGCUGCCGCCUUCGCCGCCGCCCGCGCUGCCGCCCGCGCCCCCUGGCCAGUAGCACCUGCGAGCUCGUCUAUGCCAAAUUGUACUGGGAUAUCAAGACCAGUGAUACCCUCACUCAGAUCGUGCCCCCUACCCUUGGUUCGGCUCCGCGGCGGUUCCAGCGUUUCCUUGCCUGCCGACCUCUCUGAACGGCUGAGCUUGUACAAAGACAUUGUACAACGAUCUGAUCGAGGGGAAGAUGGUAAGAUUAUGACUAUGCUGUAUGCGAGAGAACUCCAGGAGAUUGCUAGGCUAAUCAAUGAAACUGCACGGCUGAUGGAAGAGAAGCGCGAUGAAACUGCAAGGCUGAUCAAAGAGAAGGAGGCUAUCAACGAAGAGAAGCGAAAUGAGAUUGCAAGGCUGAUCGAAGAGAAGCGCAAUGAAACUGCACGGCUGAUCAAAGAGAAGCGCAAUGAACACAAAUGGCGUGAGAAGGUCUACUCAUCAAAUUUGGCUGAAUGUUUGGAAAAAUAG